GACAAUGAUAUCAAGUACGUGAAAGAGGCGGCCAUGGCCAAGCUCUAUCCUUCUCAGGUAGCUACAAAUGUGACAUCUAAGUGCGUUGAAUGGCUAGGAGGUAUAGGUUUCACGAAAGAGUAUCCCUUGGAAAAAUUCUAUCGCGAUGCUAAAAUUGGAACAAUAUACGAAGGAACCUCAAACAUCCAAUUGAAUACUAUUGCUAAAUUGAUUGAUACGGAGUACCAUUCAUAAAACACACGUUCGCUUUUUAGCUUGUACUUUUUGAAAUCUCACCAAUGUUUAUGUUCCAAUCUCAAGCAAUGUGCCCUACCUUUAGAACGCGUGUUUGUAUAUGUGUAUAAUUGAAAAGUUGUUUGAACUAUUUAUCUGUUUUGUGUGUUUUUGACAG